CAAUUCUUUGAGUAAUCAAUGAAACAAUUACUAAACCCUCUCCUUCUCAAAAGCUCUCCGUCGGAGUGAGAGAGGGGCGUCAAGAUUGUAAAAGUGCAGCAGGCGCAGGGGAUCUGUGUGCUCUCUCCUCUCUCACUCCAUCCUUAAACCUAAAUUCUCUGGCCUUUUCUACCUCGACUCUGCCAUUAAAACUCGAUUAAAGCUUCAAAGAUCGGGCAAAGAAUCCCUAAACACAGCUUCAAAGAUCGGGCAAAGAAUCCCUAAACACACCAUUUUUCAGAGCCUUUUUUUCCCUCCGUAAAAUGUGCUAGGUCAGCCAUUGUUGAGGGUUAAAAAAUGGGUGAGUAGGCCAUUCUUUAACUCUUAUACAUGUUUGCCUAGACUGUGAUUUCUUUGCAUCUGUGUUUCCUCUGAGAAUUCUGGCGUUUAUUUAUUUUCCAUUUUUUCCCCUACCAGUAAAACUGUAUUAAAAGCUAUCAAGAUCGCAUUAACAUGGUUUUUGUGGAAUUACUAUUACCAAUUAUUUCAAGUCCCGGUUAUCUUUUCAUGAACAUGUAAAAGUUUACAUGAUAGUUUUAUUUCUUUUUUUUUUCCUCUUUGGUGAUUUCUUAAUCUUGCUUUUAAAGAGAUGAGCUUGUUUUUUGUAUUUUUCUUGAAUAUUUUUCUUUUUUAUUGCUAUUGUGUUCUGUCUCUGCAAAUUCAGUGUCCUGACUGUGAACGCCUGUGAAAAUGGAAGAUUUUCAUGGUCUUUUUCUUGUUUGGUUUUUUAAAGUCUCUUCGUUUUUUAUUUUAUCCUGCUUCCAUGGACUUUAGCUAUUUCCUCGUGCUUGAAUUAUUUAUCCAGAAUGGGGAAUUGACCUCCGUUUUUCAGAUAUUCCAUACAUUUGUUUUUCUGAUAUUUUGUCGGAGGGUUUUUUUUAAAAAAUUUUGAUAUUUUAAGAAAUUAUCAUUUGGCUCAGCUCGGCUCAGCUCUGCUCAGAUCAGCUCGGCUCCCAUCUGCUCGGCUCCCGCUCCCCUAAAUUUCUCUCAGAUUGAGCUGAGUCAAGCCAGUACAACCUGAGCCGAGCCGUUCAAUGUCAGCUCAAGCCGUUAAAAGCCGAGCAGAGCCGAGCCGAGCUAAGGGUAGUCUAUGCAAGCCGAGCCGAGCCGAACUCAUAAAAGGGAGAGAGAAAAAUCCAGAAAAAAAACAUUAUUUCUAAAACAUCAAAAAAAAAAAAUGCCCCUAAAAAUUAACUUGAUCGCACCUUUGAUAUGUUUCAAAGACGCAUCUAUAAUGUCCAGCCUACGCAAGAUUGAGUUGGCGACUAAGAAUUUGCAAUUCAUCGGCUUGAAAUUUGGUCAGUAGUGUGUCGAUAAUGAGGAAGAAUGCAUUGGAUAAUGCUUUUAAGGCUAAUGACCACAAUAUGGGAGUUCGUAAGUCAGCUUGCAGCUUGAAGGGCACUUGUCUAAUGGUAAGGUGCAGUGUUCAAACUCCUCUGUUUUUUGUCCACACUCCCUUUCUUCUUCUCAUUCGGUUAUUCCCCUCUUUCUCUCUCUCUCUCUCUCGCUCUCAGAUCAAAUGUCUCUACCUAGUUCAGAUUAGUAUGAAGCAGAGAGACUAAUUUCAAGCAAAAUUUUGUUGUGGAAUGAGUUAAAAAGAUGAAGGUCACAACCGACUGAAUUUUGUUAUGAUCCAUCAUUUCAAGAGGAUGAGUUACUUGAUCCCACAAGGGCCCAAAUUUUGUUCUCAGUUCUAAAUCUGCAUGAUAAUUUGAAGCUUACAGUAUUGGUUUUAAUCAGAUCCAUUUCCAUGGUAUGGGCAACUCUCCUACUCCGCCUCCACCUCAACCACAAUCGCGCUCCCUUUCUUCUCUUUCUCCGGGCCAUGAGAACUACUCCGCUUCCCUCAAAACCAGAUCAUGAAGUUACCAUUCAUGGCUCCAAAGAUGACUACUUUGCCGUUGUACACCAUAUCUCCAACAUAGUCAGGAGGGACUACUUCCUGGAGCGAACCCUGCAAAAGCUAAACCUAACCCUAACUCCUGAGCUCGUUUACAGAGUCCUUCGCUCCUGCAACAAAAAUGGCAUCGAGUCCUUUCGUUUCUUUAACUGGGCUCGAACCCAUGCUUCAUAUCACCCCACAACUAUUGAAUUCGAAGAGCUCAUAAAAACCCUAGGUCAAACCAAAAAUUGGGAAACCAUGUGGAAAGUUGCAGACCAUAUGAAAAUUCUGGGGUUUCCUUUGUCUCCAGAGACAUUCUCGGCUGUUAUGGAUUCUUAUGGUAAAGCUGGGCUUUUAGAUAGGGCAGUCGAGGUCUUCAAUCGAAUGAAACAUUUUGAUUGUCCUCAAACUACUGGGGUGUACAACUCAUUGCUCUCUGCUCUUUGCAUGGUCAAGAAUUUUCAGGGGGCUUAUGCCCUAAUUCGACGAAUGAUCAGAAAGGGAGGGCAUCCUGAUAAGCAGACUUAUGCUAUCCUGGUUAAUGGCUGGUGUUCUAGUGGAAAACUCGGAGAAGCUCGAGAGUUUUUAGAGGAGAUGAGCAAAAAGGGCUUCAAUCCCCCUGUUCGAGGUCGAGACCUUCUUAUCGAUGGGUUACUGAAUGCUGGUUAUCUUGAAUCUGCAAAAGAAUUGGUUAAAAAAAUGACAAAGGAGGGGUUUUUACCUGACAUUUCAACCUUCAAUUCUCUGUUGGAAGCUCUCUGCAACUCUGGAGAAACUGAGUUUUGUAUUGAGCUACUUAGGGUUGUUACUGAACUGAGUCUUGUUCUUGAUAUUGGCACUUACAAAAUUUUGAUCCCUGCUGUUUCGAAAUCGGGCCAGAUCGAUGAGGCUUUCCGGCUAUUGCAUGCCUCCAUUGAGGAUGGGCACAAACCAUUUCCUAGCCUUUAUGCACCAUUGCUCAAGGUUCUGUGUAAAAGGGGCCAAUUUGGUGAUGCAUUUAGUCUUUUUGCUGAUAUGAAAGCAGAGGGCCACGCACCAAAUAGGCCUGUGUAUACAAUGUUGAUGAGAAUGUGCUGUAGAGGUGGGCGGUGCGUGGAUGCUGCGAAUUAUUUGGUGGAGAUGGUGGAGCGUGGAUUGGCACCGAGAUCAGAGAGUUUCGACAUGGUCAUUGAUGGUUUGAAGAAUGCCGGUAAGCACGAUCUGGCUAAGAGGAUUGAUCACAUGGAGAUUUCACUUAGGGGAAGGUGAUUAAUGGAGAGUUUUUGCCAUUGGAGAUUUUUAUCAAGAAAAGAGUGUGGUCAGUGGAGAUUUUGCCAUCCCAUUUUCUAUCUUGAAGUGAGCAAUUGACUUCAUUGCUCACUAAGUUUCAGAGCGACUCAUUGAUGGGAGGACAUUGCUUGCUAGUCUUUUCUUGAGUAUGUGCCUGGAGUAUUGUUGCAUGGCCAUGAGUGUGAGCUCAUCCCUGAAAACUGAGGUGGCCAAAUCAGGGCAGGAAGUGUAUAUUUUCCAGGUAAAGCUCUGUUGUCGUAAAAGUAGUGGCUAUGUAGGGUUCCGAGGGUGUGAAUUUAAUUUUUUUCCCUUUGUCUUUUAUUACCAACGAGGUAAUUCUACCUACAAUGAUAAAUUAUACAGGGGAAACAGAAAAUAAAACCUAAAUACAACUUGUGGAUCUAAUUCUUACUGCCUUAAAGAAAAUAAAACUUUAUUCAUAAACUGACACACUAUAUUAAGACUAUAGAAUACACGAACAAUGCUCUAAUGAGGAGAUCGAUCAGGAAAGCGAUUAGGAUUCCCGUGAACGCUAUUCUGCAUUGCUGUUGGUGUUGAAAUAAGCUUGCAACCAAGCGUCUUGAGUACGAUCAAGAAGAUCCUGGAUAUAUUAGUUUGUGAUGGAAAUACCACCUAGAAAAUAAGAUACCUCCAUGCCAAGAAAGUAGUGAAGGGGUCCCAAAUCUUCCGUUGGGAAAUAAACCAUUCUAAAGGAUCUGAAUAAUCACCUGUCACAAUAAUAUCAUCGACAUAUAGGAGAAGAAGAAUAGUACCUUGAGGAGAGCAACAAAUAAAUAGAGAUGAUUCAACUAUACUGCGAGAAAAACCCAACGAUAACAAGGAAUAUUAAAAAAUUUGGCUGCCUGGUCGCCUAGGCUGCCAAGGCACAUUGAGGCACCUUGGCCGAGGGAGGAAAAAGGUCCUUGGCCAUGGGUAAUUUAGGGAGUUUCCCAUCCUAAAAGGUGGGAAAAGGUUUUUGGGGAGCAUUCUUGUUCCCCAAGACCUCUCUUGUGUAAUUUAGUGAGAGGAAGUCUCUAAGAAAAACUAAGGACUGGUGACUUUUUUAGGGAUCAAGAAAAUUUCAACUUUAUACUUCGUGAUACUUUUUGGAGCUGGUUUGGGCGGAUAUAGGUUUCUUUUUUAAAAGGUUAGUCCAUUACAAUAUUGAAUUAGGGUUUGUUCAUUUUUUUUUGUAUAAUGUGUUAUGACUCGAAUCACUUGAUAUUCUUUUACUAUUUUUUUAUUUGUGAUAUUUUUACAUAUUUGUAAUUGAGAACUUGAAAUAUUUUGUGAAUAUUCCUCGAUUUGGACUUUGGGCCUAUAUCGAAUUCAUUUUGAAAUGCUUAAUGAAAUAUGUUUUUGUUUUGUCCUUCUUUUUUUAUUUUUUUACAUGCUUGAAGAUAGAAUAUUUUGUGAAUAUAUACAGGUUUUGACUUAUAUUUUUUGAAUGGUUUGAAACUUCAAAUUGAAUUUGAUAUUUUUUAAAUAUUUAGACCAAAUCUUAUGGAUAUUAUGCCAUGUGAUAUUAUGUGAAUAUUUCUUUUAGAUUGAUAACAUAUUAUGUGAUUCUUGUUAGAUUGAAAAACCAAAUAUCACCCUACCCCCCCGAUCCUGAGGUUUUACCACGUGAAAGGGGUCAAACAGGUUUAGAGACCCACUUAAAAAAGAAUGGAUAGAGAUAAGAUAACACAAUAGUUGGCUAGAUGGUUAUACCAAGCAGGCAUUUCUUUCAAGGCUGCUAAGUUGAAUAGCUUUCAAACUAUGUUUGAAGUAAUGGGUCAAUUUGGGCCAGGGUUUAGGGCACUAACUGCUUAUAAGCUUGCUUAGAACAGAACUUGAGCUCAUAGUUACCGGGAUCUUCUGAGGAGGACGUUGCUCCAGCUCUAGAAGCUUGAUCCCACGCUCCGAGACACAAAAUCUCGAUUCCAAGCAAUUCCUUCAUAUAUAGAAUCUCGAUCCUGGAAAUAGGGAACUCGAUCCCUUGUUAAUGGGAUCCAUAUCACUAAGCCAAAAUCAUGGUUCCAUUAAUACGCAGAACCGUGGUUCGACCAACUUGGAAUCGAGUAUCCUCUACUUUGGGAGCAAGUUUCACAAGCACAUUUUUGGUCCAUAUAUAGUGGAGUCUGGGUCUCCAAUUUUUUGUGACCUACAUAUUUUUUAAAUGCCAUGAUUUCCUACAUAAUUUACAGUUCACAACUUUAUACACCUUGUAAAUCGUGAAUUGUAUCUAGUUUCAAAGAAAGGCAAUAAUAUAGGGCAAGGAGAUAGAAGGAAAAAGUUGAAAGGCGAUACUAAAGUUAGCCGCGUUUUGUAUCUAUUGAGGAAUGAGGUCGUGAUCAAUAUGCUUAACUCCCUUAGGGCUAGUUCAUUUAGUCCUGUCCACCCCCACAGGACUUCUAUCGCUUUAGUGUUGGUCGACCAAAUAAAGCCACUCAUUGGGCUGCCUUAUUGAUGAUAGAAUAAUAUGUAUGCUUGGAAUUGUGAGGCCUCUCUCGUGCAUAUGUCAUUGAGCCCUUUGCAAUCUUUGACAAAGGAGAGGUAUAGGGAAUUGUAUAUGGCAAUGUCUUUCCUUUUUUCUGGUUUGGUCAAGGAGAGCUUAGCUAUAGCAACAUCUCCUUUUCAGAAACAAUCUAUUGGAACAUUCUUAUAUGUAAUCAUCGAUCGAUAUUCAAGUAGGAGUCGUCUGAUUCAACCGAUUGGUGCCAAAAUGUGGAUGUGUGCGUUCGUAGGCAGACCAAUGUAGGUAGGUGCGCAUUUUUGUAGUGGACCCACAUUAGUAAAUUUUUAGAGUGAUUCUUACAUAAGUAAUUGUUUUAUAUCACUCUUCAUUCCCAUUGCUAACAUAUAAAAAAUUUGUUUUUAUCAGGGUGUGACAAACGUUUUGUUAACAGCUCAAAGCAAAAAUCAAGAUGAAAAAGAUGUGCAUCAUACAAUCUGUCAAUGGUGCAUUAUCACCUAAAUGCAAAAAUCUUGCAUACCAAUCUCUCCUUGACUGAAGUUGAAAGGGGUUGCACAACACGAUAAACUAUCAUUUUACGGUAACGACCUACCAAUGAUGACAAAAUGUCAAAGAGAAUUUCAAAGACAUGAUUAUUGUUUACAUUAACACUUGGGUUUCUGAAUUUGGAGAAAGUUAAAACAUAUUGUUCAAUGGAUUUACUCCCAAUGCAAUACAGUGGAUAAGUGAACUUCAGGAUCCUCAAUGCUAAUCACAGCAGGACAUGAUCCUAUUUAGUAAGCAAAUCUUGAUAAUGCUACGUAUAAAAUUGAAUCAGUAGGGAAAAUAACAAUCCCCAUGGAAAGCAAUCCCCAGUCUUGAGAAUCUUACGGGAACAUAGUAUUGCUUUUGCCAGUAAAAUUCCCUUCACUCAAGCAUAUCUUUCUAAUUUCUUAGAUUUCAGAUUAAGAAAAGUGUGGGGCUUAGAAUAUUGUUAUACUUUGGCAACAAGGUUCCUUGGCUUCUUUUAUACAAUUUCUUUGUGCUUAUAUGUGAAACCAAUGUUGUGAUAUUUUUUUUAAAGGCUACCUGUUUGGAUUUCCUAAUGCACCGUAUUCCACUACUGGUUACUUGAGACCAAUAAUGGAUGUUAAAUUUUUUUAUGUAGUUUAUACUGGCCGCCAUCCUAGCAUACAUACUCUUGAGGAGAAUGUCUCCAACAGAUGAAUAAAUAAAUAUAAGGGAGCAUCCUAAUGCUCUUCUCUCAAUAGGAAGCAGUGCUACACUCUAGGGAAUUUCAAGGAGAUUGUAGAUUGCGACAAAGUAUAAAGUCAGAAGGCUCAAUAGUUUGUGGGAAAAUGUGCAAGAUGGUGCCUUUUUAGUUCGACUUAUUUGCAUCAGUUUAUUUUAUUUAAUGAAUCUAUUCGAACUACUCUAAAAGGAAAACUAAUGCUUAUGUUUUUCACAUUCAAUACUAUUUUGCAUUUGGAUAUGGUAGUCUGUUUAAUUAAUUCGUGUGAGUAAAUUUUGGCCUUACUGGUAUCAAAUGUACAGCACGAUGUGUUGGUGCUCUUGAUUAUAUUGUGUAACGGACGUUUGUGGAUUUUGUAGUCGAUAGUUUUUAUGGUGUAAUAAAGGCGAACAAAGAUAUUUCUCGGUA